GAGUGAUUGAAACUCUGUAUCAGUGGAGCCUCCAUAGAACACUGGGAUCUAUACCAGACAGUCUUUCAAAAUGGCUCCUCUACCUAUUGUUGCCAUCUUGCCGGUGUUGGCUCUCACCCUAUUGUGUGCGCAUUCUGACCCGGACACAGCAGUAAUGGAGAAAGGCAAGACGGAGCUGCAGAAACUCCAGGACUUUGCACGGCACCCUCGUUUCGGAGACUGCUGGACCCGGGCCUUGCAGACUGUGGAUGUUGGGUGCAAGCAACUGGAUGAAGAACAACAAAGCCGCAUAGCUCUGGCAUUCACACACUGCCACUUGGAGAGAUCUGGUCGUGACUACCCUGUCUGUACAGAAAAAAACUCCAUACGGCAGUGCACACGUGGUAUGGACUCAGUGGCCUUCAAUACGUACACAGAAUUCUUCACUCAUGCUCACAGUAUCUGUUACUAUCUGCAGAAUGAGAUGUGGCAGGAGCAGGCCCAGGACACCAUUCUAAGAUUAACUGCACACUCUGACAGUGUAGCCAAGCAGCUAGAGGCCACCAACAUAUUGGCAGAAGAGAUGAUGCAAGCCCAGAAUGCAACUCUUCAGUCUCAGGAGGAGAUCCUACGAAACGGACACCUUCUCAAACAGACACUACAGGAGUCCACGCUGGGGAUGAAGCAAGCUUUCCAAGAGAUGGAGCAGUCUGCCACUGAACAGCGUUUGUUAUUCUCUGAAAUCUUUAACCGGAUCACCUUCCUCCACCAGUUUGUUGUUGGAGAAUCCAACUCGCUCUACUCCUUCCUCUACAACCUUUUGGCUUGUGUUGCUGUCUUUCUGCUCACCUCCACACAGAGAACCUCUGGAGCCAGAUUGAUCCUGUUUGGCUUAGUAGCUGCUAAUGUAUAUUCAGAGAGAAUGAUCUGUUCAUAUAUCCUUGGAGGUACUGACUCUGGCUUUGACCAGACGGAGAGCAUAGCUUUCUGGGUUGGGAUAUCGCGCAGAAUCUCCACAUCCAUUGGACUUUUAGUCCUCCUCUACUUCACUGUAACCCAUCGAGAUGUGCAGAGACAGAGCCUGGAGGUGCUGCAUGGUCUGCAGGAAACAAAAGCGGAGUUACAGAGCAUUAUCCGAGAAGCAGAACAUAUUCUAAAAAACCCAAAAGUCUCAGACGACCAAGUUCUACUGACAAAUGAUCGGAUGUUUGGAGAUUCUGGAAUUCCUGACCCAUCCUUUCUUUUGGAAAAUACCCGAGAACAGUACCUGCUAGACUCUCGGCAUAGCGAACAUCUGGCACAGAUUACUAGCACUCCAAAGAGGAGGGGUCGCUCAAGGUCGCGCAGCGCUAGUCGCAGGACAAGUACAAGACCCUCCGAGCCAGCUGUAUAUAAUAUUGCUGUGACUCAGCCAGGGAGGACCAGGACAAUGCAGCAAAGAAGGAGCCGUUCUCGAUCUCGCAGCACAAGCCGUAGAAAAAGCAUUCGGCCUUCUGUAUUGAAGAUCCCUGUGGUUCCGCCCGCGGUAAUUGGAACCAGUUCAAACUGCUUGUAGGUAUACCAUACACAAUGCAGAAUCAAGAAACAAGUCACCUUCUGUGUAAGCUGAAGUCUCAUCAACUGAAACAAAUGCAAGUUAAAUAUUCCAAGGAAAAUGUAUUCACUGUAUGGACCAAUAUAUCUCUGCAGAUAUUUAAACCAUAUGUUGCUAUGGACUGAGACCCUUAAUGCUUCAACUCUAUCAUCCUAACUGUAUCUUGUCAUUUUUAAUAUAUUCUAUUAAAGUGUUUCUA